AUGGAGGAUAUUUCAAUAAAAGAAUUUAACGGUGAAUUUACAUAAAAAUUUGUUAAUAUAUUUGAUAUUCAAAUUAAUUAUAUUUCUAAUAUUUCUAAUGUACAGAAAUAUUUCUGAUUUUCUGUAUUUGAAAUACAUUACAUAUAUCUUGAAUUAUAAAUUACAUGGUUUCAUAUAUUAUCAAUCAGUCAGAAUUCAAAACCUAUUCUAUUAAACACUCAAAUAUUGAAAUUAUUUAUUAUUAAAGUGAAAAUUUUUAUAAAUAUUAAAAUAAAUUAUAAUUUAUAUAGUUUUUCUUAAAAAUAAGAAAUUAUUAGAAAAAAUAAUUUAGUCUCUCUAAAUUAGUACGAGAGAAUAUUUUUAUUUUUAAAAAUUUUUAAUUUUUUUCUUAUUGAAGAGUAUAGUAAUUAACUUGAAUUUUUAGAAACAAUGUAUUUCAAAUGUUCCAUGUUCUUUGUAUUUUUUAUAUUAUUUGUGGGUAAAACUGAUGUAAAUGGUUUAGGUAAGUUACAUGGUACUUACUCUUUAAUCUAUUAUCAAAUAUAAAUAAGUAAAAUAUACUUACAGAACCCAGUGAUAUAGUUAUUGUAAUAUUAGAUCAAAAAGAAGGUUAUCACAUAGCACAAGCUGAAAGGUUAAAAAAAAAUAUUUUUGAACAAGCAGAUGCCCUUGAUAAGGAUCCUCCCAAAAUUAUUUUGUCUCAUAAAUUGAAUAUUAAUGGAUCUUGGACAAUAAUACCAAUUCUGAAUCAUUUAUCAGAUACAUAUCCUGCUUCAAAAUGGUUCUUUAUUUGUCUGGAGAAUACUGCAAUUAGAUUGAGUAAACUAUUGGGUGUUCUUUCUAAGUACAAAGAAAAUAAAAAUAUAUGGAUUGGUCAUGCAUUAUAUGAUCAAGAACCAACUAUCAUACAUCAUUUUGCAGAGCAUAAGAAGAAAUUUAAAUAUCCUCAUAUAGCUUCAGGUUUUGCAGUAAGCUCAACUUUGUUAAAUAAUUUAGUACAUAAAAUUAAUGAAGAUGGUAAACCUAAAGAUGAUUUCUCAAUUGAUGCAUUAUAUGAAUUUGCAUCUUUUGUAUUAAAAAUUGAUAAAGGAGUACGAUUAACACACGUACCUGAAAUAUGUAUUAUAUCUAGUUCUAACUGUGCUACAUAUCCAAGAUUUUUUCAGCCAUGUGAUUCAUCUGUGACCACUGAAAAUGUAUAUUUUGCUGUAAAAACUUGUGCAAAAUUUCAUGUUGAAAGGAUUCCUGUGAUUAAAAAGACAUGGGCAAAAUAUGUUACAAAUAUCGGUUACUUUAGUGAUGUUGUUGAUAAACAUUUACCAGAUACUUUCAUUGUACCAAAUACAACACAAGGGCAUUGUGCAAAAACAUACAGUAUUUUAAUAGAAGCAGAUAAAAUAUUGAGAAGGAAAAAUUUAGAUUGGUUAAUAAUCAGUGAUGAUGAUACGAUCUUUAGCGUGGCACGCAUGUUACGUUUAUUAACAUGCUACAAUUCAAAAUCUACAGUUGCUAUUGGAGAACGAUAUGGUUUUCAACUUUGGGAUAGUGCUUACGGAUAUGAAUAUUUAACAGGUGGAGCAGGUGUUGCUUUAUCUGCACCUUUAGUUCAUAAAAUGAUAGAAUCCGGUAGAUGUAAUUGUCCAUCAUCUACAACUCCAGAUGAUAUGUACCUUUUUGGAAUAUGUUUAGCGCGAAUGAAGAUGCAAGUAGUACAUUCACCAAUGUUACAUCAAGCUCGUCCUUCGGACUAUGCAACUGCCUAUCUUGCUUCACAAGAGCCUAUAUCAUUCCAUAAGUUUUGGAUGAUUGAACCUCAAGUGGUUUAUAAUGAAUGGUUUGCAGAAGCAGAUAAAGCUUUAAUCACGGUUAGUAGACAUACAGAAUUAUAA